AUGGUGACCAGCAUGUAUACCAAGACUGUUCUGUUUGUGACGGCCGUCGCCGUGCUGGCGAGGCAGACGACGGGUUGUAAUUUCUAUCCAGUGGGUGAAUAUUUAAGAUUCGUGAGGAUACCAGAGAAUCUGCAAGUUGGUGAUGAAGUGCUCAGAGUAGAAGUCCAUCCAAGAAAGAACCUAAGUUUGCAGCCAGUAGACCGAGAAGAAGAUGCCCACCUGUUCACUUACCGGGAUGUGAAUCGCACACACGUGUCUGUCGUGCUGGCUCAGAGUGUAGACGCACUGGUCGACAGUGAUUCGCCGCAGAACGUCGUCAAGUUUCGACUGGGGUGCGACUUCGAUGCUGGGGAUGAUUUGAUAUCAGCCUAUCUGUCAGUGACAGUCUACAUAGAGGAUGUGAACGACAACGUGCCGAAGUUCCUCGACACACCGUAUCACGUCGCCGUGGAUGAACUGACACCAACAGGCCUAACUAUCUUCAAAGGGAUCCACGCCUUCGACCGUGACAAGCCGAACACUCCAAACUCUGAUGUCCAGUACAGCAUCAUCUCAGGAGAUCCAGACAGUCACUUCGCUCUGGAGUCCUCUCAUAAACCAGUCCUCAUACUGAAGAAGCCUCUGGAUUACGAUGCUGGAGAUAAAGACUUCUCGUUGGUGGUUACUGCUUCGGAUCGUGGAUCUCCACCCCGAAGCUCCAAUGCGACAGUUCACAUUGUGGUGCAAGACAAUGAUGACCUGCCUCCCAAGUUUACUGCUGACGUCUACCGGACACAAAUACCAGAGUUCUAUCCUUUACUUGGUAAGCGCAUACAUAAGGAGCUAUUGUUCCCGGAACCAAUCAAGGCAUUUGAUCAAGAUAUUGGAGUAAAUGCUGCUCUGAAGUAUGAGCUGGUAGCUGGCAAUGAGAGAAAACUAUUCUCUUUGGACUCUCGAAAUGGCACUUUGUUCCUUGAAAAAGAAAUUGAUUUGGAUGCUGAGUCUAAUUUACCAGGCAAUACGUUCGUGCUCCAAGUGCAAACAUCGCAAUUGGAUAAUCCAUUGAAAACAGCUCAGGCAAGGGUCGAAAUAGAAUUACUGGAUUUAAAUGACAAUCUUCCAGAGUUUGAAGUAGACUUCUACAAUAUUAGUAUUGUAGAGAAUUUACCAAAUGGCUUCAGUGUACUGCAAGUGAUGGCGGCUGACAAAGACCAGGGAGACAAUGGAGAAUUUACGUAUCAGUUAAAAGACCCGGAAGGUGCUUUCACCAUUGACCCUAGAACUGGAUGGCUUACUGUCAGAAAUCAGACAAUCCUGGACAGAGAACAACAUUCUUCACUGAAAAUGAAAGUUUACGCUAAAGAAAAGAAUCCAAGUGUGGUCGGUACCUUCUUAGAUAAGAAUCGGAUAUCUAAAUGGCGUCGAACUCCUACUACACCUAGGACACCACUGAAAGAUAGAACAACAUAUAUUUUCCCUGAUAAGUUAGGUACUAAAAGUGAAAAUAUGGAAUACGUCGACGAACAGCUAAUGUCCUACGUCAACGUUGAAGUCACACUCCUAGACGCUAAUGAUAACAACCCAGUUUUUAUACCAAGUAAUUUGUACGAAUUCACAAUUAAAUCAAAUGCUAAAAUUGGUACAUCUAUUGGUAAAGUGAAAGCUGUAGAUCCUGACUUAGGAAGGAAUGGACUGGUGUUAUAUGAUUUACAAAGAACAAGUAAUUUAACUAUCACAUCGCCGUUCCAAAUUGAUGCUAAGACCGGUGUUGUAAGUGUUGCUGAGUCACCUAUAGUUGAAGGGAGACAUGCUUUGUUCAUUGAGGCUUCAGACCAACCGGCAAAUCCUAGUGAGAGAAGAUAUUCUUUAGCUGUUGUUACUAUUGAUGUGACCAGUCCUAGCAAAGGUUCUAAAGCGGACAAGCCAGGGUUCAUCGGUUCUCCAUACGAAUUCUGGGUUGGAGCUAAUGUUGGAAUUGGAACUAGUGUUGGUCAAAUUAGAAUCAAUGACGCAAUGGAAAAGAGUGAUGUCUCUUACGAUCUACUUCAUAGUUACGAAGAAGGAGUGCCAUUUGCUGUGGAAGAAAGAUCAGGAGUAAUAACAGUGGUUGAUGAACUUACAAAAUACAAUAGACCUAUGUACGAUUUUGAAGCUGUAGCAAUUCAAGAAAGCGCAAACAUCAGUAUUACUACAAACGCAACGGUCCACGUGGUUGAUGUGAAUGAUGAAAGAGGCGUACUGUUGAAAGGUGCACAUUCACCAUUAGAAUUUUAUGUUAAAGAAAAUGUCGCAGGCGCAACAGUAGGUCAAAUAUUUCCAAUUAAUAUUUCUACACUGCACGUUAAUAACACAGGAAAUAUACGGUUCAUAAUCGCUAAUCAGCAAGAUGUAACCGAUGAUAUCGCGAUAGGACAAGACGGUACCAUUUUCGCUCAGAAACCUUUAGACAGAGAAAAACGGGACACGUACCGAAUGACAGUGAUCGCUGAAUUUACUAAAGGUGUGAUAUCUGGAGCUGGCAUAUAUCAAGUUACGAUACAUGUUGAAGAUGAAAAUGAUAACCCGCCGAUAUUUGAAUAUCCCAUGUACGAGGGAUUCAUUGCCGAAAAUUCACCCAAAGAUACUGAGGUUAAAAUGACAAAUAAAAUAAUAGCUAAAGAUGCUGACUUAGGACCAAAUGCAUCAUUCACAUACACUCUAUUUGGUGAUGGACGUGAAAUGUUCCACGUUGAUGAAAACACUGGAGUGGUAACAUUUAUAGGAAAUAGAUUAGAUAGAGAAGAGAAAAGUUCCUACUUAUUAAAGAUUAUUGCAAGAGACAGAGGAAGACUUAGUUCAGAAGCGAAACUAACAAUAACAUUAUUAGAUGAAAAUGAUAAUAUUCCUAAAUUUAACCAAAUUGUUAUACCUUUGGGAGAAAAUAUAGAACUUCUUGAAUCAGAUGAAAAGGCACCAGUAAAAAUAUACCGUGAACGGAAAAAUAACUCUACUUCAGGUAUAUCAAACUCGGAAGCAAAACCGAAAAAUAAAUUCGCCUUGAGCACAGAGGCAACUGGACCACUGUUUAUGGUACCAGAAAAUGUUGCUAUUGGUUCAACCAUAUUAAAAGUUACUGCCAUAGAUAUGGACAUUGGCAUUAACGGUCAAGUGAGAUAUGAGUUUGUUUCCGAAGUUUUUAUUCCUCCUCAUAGUAUGUCUUCGAAAGGCAUGCAGGUAAAACGAUAUUUUGUCAUCAACGAAAGACAUGGGCAUGUAAUUAUUGCAAGAACAUUACCACCUGAGGCAGAAUUUAGACUAAACAUUUCUGCAGUAGACGGCGGUGAAUUGAGCGACCACAUAUCAAUUAGAUUCUUUAUUAAAGAUAUAAAUGAUCACUUCCCAAUGUUUAAAAAGUCCUGGUACAGCUUUAAUGUAGAGGAAGCUCAGUACUCUAGAAGAGUUUUAGGAAAAGUUGACGCUACUGAUGCUGACUUUGGCCAAAAUGCCAACUUGACAUAUUCCAUUCAACCCCAAUCAAAAGACUUACCUUUUGAAAUAUCACCAUUGACUGGAGUGUUUAGUGUUAAUGGCGAAUUAGAUAGAGAAAAGGAAGACAAGUAUGUGAUAACUGUUGUAGCACAAGAUAAUGGUUAUGAUAAGAAACUUUCCUCCUCUGUCAGUGUCGAAGUACAAGUUUUAGAUGUCAAUGAUAACGCUCCUAAAUUUUAUGCUUAUGACGAGUUACUUGAGUGGAAACAUCCUGAAGCUGAUGAAAUUUCAAAUCAUAACUUCGAAUCAGUAAUGAUGAUGCCAGUUUACAAAGCGAUUCUGAAAGAGAAUGCUCCUGUUGGAACAGUUGUUACAAAAGUUUUUGCCAAUGAUUCUGAUUUUAUUGGUAAUGGCAAUGGUCUCAUUUUAUACAGUCUACCUCAACGCAAAAAUCAACUCAAUCUUUUCGCUAUUGAUUCAAAAGAAGGUAUAAUUACAACAACGGGACGACUUGAUUAUGAAAGUCAGACAGUUCAUAAUGUUACAAUUGUGGCUUCUGACUUGGGAUCUCCAAGUUUGAGUUCUACAGCCAUUUUAAUGUUAACUGUAACUGACGUUCCUGAUGAUGUGGAAGUGUCAGAUAAACCAGUAUUUAUUUCGAGGUACUAUGAAUUGGAAAUCGAAGAGAAUGUGCAAACGCCUGUUGAGAUGGUUACGCUAAAUUUAACAGAGCACUAUGAGAACUUCAAAAUGAAGUACUUCAUUCUGAAUGAAAAUGAUGAAGACGUGAAAAAGACUUUUGUGAUUGACCCUAGAAACGGUACCUUGUACUUAGUGAGAAGUCCGGACAGAGAAGUAAGAGAUGUGUAUGAGAUUGUAGUCAGAGCUGAAAGACAGAAGAUUAGUAGAGAACUACCACAUAUGAUAUAUCCUGUAGCUGAUGAUGUGAUGGAAGGACUAACUAAGUAUGACGUCAAGGUUAUUGUUAGGAUAAGGGAUGUGAAUGACAAUGCUCCAAAGUUUACAAAUGGAGGACGACCAUUGGUCACAGCUAUUCCAACUACUGCUCCAUUUGGAUACCAAGUUAUACAGUUAAAGGCGACGGAUGCGGAUGUUGGGAUCAACGCGGACAUCCGUUACCAGAUCAUAAACGAGCAAGCGCCACGAUUUGCCAUCGACCCGGUGUCGGGUCGGGUCCGUGUCGUGUCGGCUCUGACUCGUGAUGCAGGCCGUGUAUUCGGGUUUGAUGUCAAGGCGACAGACAAACGUGGAGCUGAUGAUGGGAAGUCUGCUAUUGCUAACGUUUUUGUGUACGUGUUGGAUGAAAAUAAGCAACUGGUGCUGGUCGUUGGAGCUAAGCCCAUGGAGGUGGAAAAAGAAGUAGAAAAUAUUACGAAGUCUUUGACCGCCAUGACAGGAUACGACAUUAGAGUUAGAAGACUGGAAGCGCAUAACAAGGCGUCUUUAGACGGAUACGCGACUGAUUUAUACAUCUAUGGAGUUGAUCCACUGUCGAAUGCUAUCAUUGAUAUGGAAGUGCUUCAAAAGUCCCUAAUGAAACGUGAGACGGACUUACGUCACGACCUGGCCGGGUUCCGUGUGCUAGAAGUAGGAGACACGGCCAUGGUGCAGGCGAGGAGUGGUCGACUGCUCAGCACGAUGGAGAUCAGCGUGGUGGCUCUUGGGUGCAUCGUCUUCAUUGGAGCUUGUACCACUGCCGUCUGCAUAAUGUGUGUUAGGAGGAGUAGGAGACGACACCAAAAACCAUACUCCCAGCAACGACUUAACGCUUUCUCAACUGAGCACCUAACCAAAUUCGGCGGCCUCUUCCCAUCGGGCGGCAACCAGUGCCAGGAGUUGAACCAGUCCUACAGUGAGGCAGACUCCUACAUCGACGUCAUCAACCAUAAUGGCAAGAAGAUCUGCCCUCAUGGAAACACUGUUGAAGAGUUCGGGAAGGCACAUCAGAAGUGUGUGAAGACGCAGUUCGGUGAUGACCUGUUCAAUCAGAAACAUGAGAGAAUGUGCAUCAAGUUCAAUCAGCGGCCAUUGCAGAAGAGGAAGGGGCAGGAUACAUCGAUAACGUCCGUGAAUUCCAGUGGACAAGACUCGGGCAUCGCGGAGGCUACCAGAUGUCCCUGCGGCCAGUCCAGUCUCCACACAUCCGAGGAAAGCAGUGGGUGCAGUUACGAAGAUUCCCUGAAAUCUACACGCAACCCUGAAGGUCGAGGCAAGCCGUACCAGUUGGACCAUGAGCCUCGGUUCCUGAGGCGAGCAUCAUUCACUCACCAGCCUUUAGACUCCCGGCAGUUCAAUUUCAGACGCCAAUCUUUCUCAGAAAACAUGCAGAGGCACUUCCCCCCUUUUGACAGAAUCGGUUCAGGAGCGAGGAUCACCAGACAGAUUUCUACUCCAAAUGUAUCCAAUGCCACACAAUCUUACUUCUUAAGUGGUAAGAAGCGGUUGGAGACUAGGAGGAAAGAGGUUCUUAAUGAGCCCAUGAUAGACUAUGACCAUAGUGAGGGAGAGGAUGUUUUUGAUACCUCGCACAGGAUGGAGAGAAGGUCGAGUGCGAGGAAUCAUAAAAGAGGGAAGUUCAUGGAGCUGGGAGGACAAGCAGCGGUGUUUGUAGCGACUCCUGCAGCAGCUGAGAUCAUGAGGAGGCAGGGUAGUGAGAGACUUAUGUUCGCUAGACCGUUAUAG